CAACGCUGCCUUCGCACUCUUCUUUCAUAUCACACCGUCGCGUGUUCAACCUCAACCCUUCCCGCAUCCGAGAACUAAUUGAAAUCAUCCGUCAAGGUCGAGUUUCGUCACCCUCUUCUUCAGCGCUGCAGCAUGUCGUACUACCCCGGUCAAGGCUAUGGACCCGGUUCCGGCUCCGGCUCCGGUUCUGGAUACCACCAAGGAUACGGCAGCGGAGGAUACGGACAGCAAUAUCCGCCGAGCCAGGGCUACGGACAGUACCCGCCUCCGCAACAGCAGCAGAAUUACUACCCUCCGCAGCAGCAGCAGCAGCAGCGCCAGUACCAGCGGCCGCCGGGACCGCCGCCUCAGGGUUAUGAUGCCUACGGCUACCCGAUCAAUCACGGGCCGGGCUACGGUGGCUCGGGGCCUCGGGAGACCGCUCCGCCCCCGCCCUCGGGGAUGCAGGAGUUCGGCCACGGGGCGCCGCAGGGCUACACGUUCCAGUACUCCAACUGCACCGGGCGGCGGAAGGCGCUGCUGAUCGGCAUCAACUACUUUGGCCAGGAGGGCGAGCUGCGCGGGUGCAUCAACGACGUCAAGAACGUGUCGGCCUUCCUGACGGAGAAGUACGGCUACCGGCCCGAGGACAUGGUGAAGCUGACGGACGACCAGUCCGACCCGGUGCUGCAGCCGACCAAGGCCAACAUCAUUCGGGCGAUGCAGUGGCUGGUGGACGGGGCGCAGCCCAACGACGCCCUCUUCCUGCACUACUCGGGCCACGGCGGCCAGACCGAGGACCUGGACGGCGACGAGGAGGACGGCUACGAUGAGGUCAUCUACCCGGUCGACUACAAGACGGCCGGCCACCUGGUCGACGACCAGAUCCACGAUCUCGUCGUCAAGCCGCUGCGGCCGGGCGUGCGCCUGACCGCCAUCUUCGACAGCUGCCACUCGGGCUCCGCCAUGGACCUGCCCUACCUCUACAGCACCAAGGGCGUGCUCAAGGAGCCCAACCUGGCCAAGGAGGCCGGCCAGGGCCUGCUCGAGGCCGUCGGCGCCUACGCGCGCGGCGACAUGGGCGGCGUCGCCAGCUCCUUCAUGGGCUUCGCCAAGACCGCCCUCAAGGGCAACGACGCCUACGAGCGGACCAAGCGCACCAAGACGUCGCCUGCCGACGUGGUCAUGUGGAGCGGCAGCAAGGACGAUCAGACCUCAGCCGACGCGACCAUUGCCUCGCAGGCGACCGGCGCCAUGUCCUGGGCCUUCAUCACGGCCCUCAGGCAGAACCCCAAGCAGAGUUACGUGCAGCUGCUCAACAGCAUCCGCGACGUGCUCGAGACCAAAUACACGCAAAAGCCCCAACUGUCCUGCAGCCACCCGCUUGAUACCGAUCUGCUUUUUGUCAUGUGAGAAAGGGGGUGGUCUGGGAGUUCCCACUAGUUACCACACCACGCGUAGGUUUGUGGAGCUGCGCCAUGUCGCUCCAUUUGGAAGCGAGUCUGGAUCUUGGGGGAUUGCAGGGGAAGGGUUGAAGUGAGCGAGAAAAAGAAUGGCUGCGAUCGGGGAUCUGUGAAUUGGUACGGAUUAUUCCGUAACGCAGAUCGUUCUGGGCCUGCCAGUAUACUACCCUGAGACCCCUGCGGGUCGGCCUUGAAUUCAGAAACCUUAUGAGACCAGG